GAUGAUAAACUUCGCGCUUCAGUGGAUGGUUAUAAUAUAGAUUUACAAGAACUGGGGUGCUUUACUCCUGGUAGUUGGCAAAUUAACUUCGACUGGUCACCAUGGAUUUGAGUGCCUUCCGGUCAUUUCACAACAUUAUACUUCUGAACCAGCAGUCUAAGAGUGAAAAUUAAAGGGUACAUCUCUAUAUAGCCAGGGUUUGUUGUGCACAGCCACUUACACAACUGCAUGUGCACAGGAUAUAGAAUUAGUUUUUUGACAGCAGACUUUAGACUAAGGGAUACCAAAGUGUCAACAUGCACCCAUAUCUGAUGCGAAUAUCGGAGAACUGUCCCAUGAUGAAUGACAGGAAAACCAGAGUUCUGGUUGGGGGAGGAGGUGUGAUUCUUGUGUUACUGCUGAAGAAACUGUACAGAGUUUAUACUGUCAGGAAUUUAAAGAAGAAGGUUGAAGAAAGGCGCAAAGAACGCCAGGAAGACUUUGAUGCCUUGGCUGAAAAAUUACAAGAGGACGGUCUUACAAUUGAUGCUCGUAAUGCUAUCAUAAGUCUAACCCUGAAAGAACUACAAGAGAAGUUGCGUAGUGGAGAUCUGACUGCACAGGUUUGUGCUCAAAGCAUAUCAGUCCAGGGCAUUGCAAGUCCAGCAGUUCACAAAUUGUGCCAUAGGGUUGAUCAAAGAGUCAGAGUGUGUCUGCUGCGUAAUGGUGAAGAUGUCUUAACCAAGCAGGUAUUAAUUAAUCUGUUGCAGGAUUUAGCUAAAGCCUGUGAUAAUUCUGUCUCUAAGGGCGGUAUGUUACAUGGUGUACCUGUCAGUAUAAAGGAAAACUACUGUCUAAAGGGCUAUGACUGCACAGCAGGGAUUGCCGGCCUUCUGGGCAAUACCUUCCAGGAGGAUGCUGUCAUUGUCCAGGUGCUGAAGGCUCAAGGUGCUGUACCUUUCAUCAGAACUAAUAUUCCACAAACCUUGUUGAGUGCUGAAUGCAGUAAUCCUAUAUAUGGUGUUACUGUGAACCCUCAUGAUGUCAGCCGGUGUCCAGGGGGGUCCUCUGGUGGUGAGGGGGCCCUGGUUGGAUCUGAAGGCUCCAUUCUUGGCUUUGGUACAGACAUUGGGGGCAGUCUUCGCAUCCCUGCUCACAUGUGUGGCAUCUACAGCUUAAAGCCCACACGUGACAGACUCAGCUCAAAAGGGAUAUUUGGACUCCUCAAGGGGCAAAACUUAAUCCAAGCUUGCCCAGGUCCAAUGGCUCAUGAUGUGAACAGCCUUGCUGUUGCCAUGGAGGCUCUUCUUUCACCGCUCAUGUAUGAACUGGAUCCUGUACUACCUCGCAUGCCAUUUAACUCCAAGGUUUACAGAAGUACAAAUCCAUUGAGAAUUGGCUAUUUUCUGGAUACAGGUGUUGUGCAGCCCAUCCCAGCUGUCCAAAGGGCAGUUCACCUGGCAAAAGAAGUUCUUCAACAGCAAGGCCACACGUUCGUUCAGAUUGAGCCCCCAUGUGUGGAAGAUGCAUUAUUCAGACUGUAUUCUUCUGCUUUGUUUGGGGAUGGAGGUCACAGUUUCAUGAGAUACCUGGACAAGGAUUUAAGUGAUGUCUCCAGUCAGAAACUUUGGGCUAUUCUAUGGUUGCCUAGAAGACUUAAGUGGAUUCUGUCUACCCUUGUGGGGUUAGUGAGCCCUAAACAUGGCAGAAUGCUAUUGUCAAGUAAAGGUGUGGAUUCUGUUGCUGAAUGGUGGCAGCUUACCCUAGACAUCCAGAAAUAUAGAGAGAUGUUUAUCGAGCAAUGGCAAAAGUUAAAACUAGAUGUGGUUGUCUCACCUGGAUAUGCCUCCACAGCCACACCCUCUGGGUUUGCUUCGGAGGCAGAAGGCAGCACGUCUUACACCACCAUAUACAAUGUUCUGAACUUUCCGGCGGGUUCCAUGCCUGUUACCAAGGUUUCAACUCAAGAUGAAGAGGACUUGCAGCAACAUUAUCAUCCCAAAAAUCAUCAUGAAAGGGUGCUCCAAAAGAGCGUACAGAGUCGAUCCCCAGAAUUACUGUCCAUGACAGCUAUGCAUGUAGCCCAGUUCUUGUGGGUAGUAAAAGGGAUGCCUGUUAACGUCCAGUGUGUUGCUUUACCUUUUCAAGAGGAGCUGGUCCUGCGAAUAAUGAGAGACUUGGAAAGGGUUUGAUCAACCAGCAUGUUUCAACCUCAGCUAAUCAUGUGAAGUAGAUAUUGCCUCAGUUAUGGUUUUCUAAUUGGGCUUACUGUUAUUGUUUAUUUAGCCAGCUUUUUACAGGAGAAGAUGCUCAGGCUGUUAAGAUGUGACUGUGUAAUUGAAUAUAUACAUAAACGCUUAUAUUAAUGCCAGUUCUUCGGGACUCAUGGUAUCCAAGUUAAUAACAGAUCUGGCGGAGUUGCGAAGAUGCAUUUUGUGCCCAUUAUCCAUUAGAAUGAGGAUAAACAUGUGACCUACUUAUUGUUAUAGCAGAAGAAAGUUGUACUGCAAGCUUUUUGCUAUAAUCAAAAGCUCCAAGACGAAUUUCACUUAAGUGAAUACAUUCACUAAAUUCAUCAUCAUACUAUAGUCUAUCCUUCAUGGUGCAGACCUCAUUGAGGAAGUUAACUGUUCAUAGACUGUAAUAUUUUGAUGGUUUUGAUACAGAACAUAACAAAGAAUAAAUUUUGCAAGAACAAAUGAACUAAAAUUAUUUUAUAAUCAAGACUUUUUGGACAAGUGGUUUUCACUGAAACCCACAAAACCGAUUCUUUUACAGGAACAAAUGACUUUAAGCUUUGUGGUUUUGAAAGAAAUCUUGUAACAGAACCUUAACAAUAUUUCAGGUUGUUAGCUUUUACUCGGAUCAUGGGUCUGCAGUGAAUCAUGUCAGUAUAUUUUGUGUGUGCAUUAGUACAGAUGUAUCGGCAUUGAUGAACAAGUAUAUAUUACUCAAGUGCUAUUAUAUUAUCAGCUUAAUUUUUUGGAGUGUCAAGCUGAUUUAGUUAUUGUUUAUUUGAAUGUUCAUUUGGAUAAAUGAUGCUUUAACAUAAUAGUUAAGUUUCUUUAUUUUUCAGUCUAAAAUGUUUUGUUGUUUGUUUUACCAGAGGAUGAGAUUUUUGUCACGUUUUUAAUCUUGUGUUAGGGAAAGUUAUUACUGUAUUUUUGUGUCUCUUCCGUUGUUAUCUUUGAUAUUAUGUACCAGCUUUGUUUUGUUUUGUUUGAGUAAUACACAUUAUACAGCAAAAAAGCAACUUGAUAUUGUUCUCGAGGCUGCAGCAUAUGUGCAUAUGGUGUCUGCUUGGCUUAAUUUAAACAGACUGCUCACUAGUUUAAAAGUAGUAUUUAGGUGAGUGUUAUUCAGUCAGACAACGUAUUGAGAUAAUGUAAGAAAGUGGUUGCGUCAUUGUCCAGUUACAAUUUAUUGAGUUUGUAGACAAAUUAUAGUUGUAACUUGUCAUGGUUAAGGGGUUUAAUUUGAAGGCUUGGUUGGACUCUUUUGUACUAGGUGGAGUCCUUUUGUACUAUAAGCUGAUGUGUACCCUAAUUCUUCUAAAAUUUGGGGCAAGUAUUAGUAAGAUUGAUUGUAGAAUAUUACAUUUCUUUACCAGCCAUUUGGAAAAGUAAAGAUAUGAGUACAUUGUUCAUUAAAAUUAGAUGGUCUAACCAUGUAAGAAAAAAGGAAAUCAGUAUUAAUGCUUGAAUUACAUAUAUACUGGCUAAAAUGAGCAGAACUGGCAUCCCAAAUUUUAGAAUAAAUAGGGUAUUGUUGCCUGUUGUGUUAAAAUUUAAGACGUCUGUCUUGUAGGCAAGGUUACACUUUUUUGUUUAUCGUCGAGGUUGGUUAUAAUUUUCAGUUUAGACUGGGUUGGAGGUGAAUUGGGUGUAUGUUUGGCAUAUGCACGUACGAUUUUGGUAGCAUGACUUGAAUUAUAUUUCAGUCACCAUUUGAAAACAGUUCCUUUGCAAAAAUGAGAGCUUGCCAAUACAGCUCCUAUAAUUCUCACGAGAUUGUCUGGAAAAUUUUCAGGUGUACUGAGAUUAUAGCUAUUUAAACUUUGUUGUUGUGACCAUCUGAUAUUGUUUUUAAAUUUAAAGAAUUACUACCAAAGGGUCAUUACUCACUUUUAAUGGAGUUGAAUUAACCUGGGUUUCUCAUAACACUGGCUUUUUCACAAAAAAUAACUUGAUUACAGUUAUAAACCUUUGAAAAUGUUGUUUUCCAUUAGCAUCUGUAAGAUCUGUAUUUUUCAUUUCCUGAAACAUUAUAAACACAUUUUACCAAUACUAACCAUUGUGUAUGAUUCUUACAGUGCACACACUUCUUAAGCACUGUAACAAAUGUGUUUAUUUUUCUGUUUUAUAUUUAUGAGUUUGUAGUGUUUUAUUGCCUUUCUCACCCAUAGAAAUACUUACUGAACAUUUCCACAAAAUGUGUUUAUUUUACUGUCCUUAUUUGCCAACUUUAACUUUUACCCAUAGAAUACUUAAUAAAGAUUUCCACCUGUGAUGUAUGUAAUAACUCUGGGAUGUUAGGGGCUGAUUAAUCAACAUAGUGUUUUACAACUGUGUUGGUUGUUGGUAUGUGAUAUAAAGCCUUCCUCUAAUAUUUGGUUUUGCUGUCUUGGUUUUUCAUAUUUUUCUUGUGAAGUUAAAAAAUAUUAGAUAUGGCAGAUUUAUUUCCUUGUUCUGUCUUUGUGCAUAUGAUAAAACCAAUAUUGAAAUGCAUAUGACACUUACAAGGUUCUUUAAUCAUGCAUUAUCAUUUUUACAUCAGAUCUGUUUUACGUUGUCUGUGCAGCUUUGUUAGUUUAUAUAGAACUGUAAGGUUAACAUUUGAAAAUGAAAAAUUACAUUUACUGAAGUUUCCUGAACCAUGUUUUGUAUUAGACUUAUUGUAUUAACAGCCAAUGUACACACAUAAAACUGAGAUUUAUGAUAUAUUUUUACCUAAAUUUUAAUCAGAGAAUUCUUCACAAUUGCAUGCUCAUGUUGUACACUAUUUAAACAAAAAAAAUAAUAAAGCGUACAUUUAGAAUAGUAAAAUACUCAAGGUAUAUACAUGUAUGUACAGAUUAUUAGGGAAAUGGUUGUACUGAUGAUUAUGCAUUACUUAAUAAAGA